UAUGGCGCUGCUGCUGAAUCUUCUCCGUCGGGUGCUGGAGUACUUCGGUUGGCCGCCCGAACAGGCCUUGUUUUUGGAAACCCACAUCCUCGGCAGCAGUAUCAGUCGUACGGUCAGACCAUUCCUUCCUUCAGCAGCCUCAUCAAGAAGGCAUCUCCAGCGGUUAUAUGCAGUCGUAAGAAAGUAUCAGCUCAAGGUCACAGCUGUUUGCCAGAGAAAGGAAUAUGGAUCUACUCGAAGUGUUGUCCGUAGACUUGGGACAAUCCUUUCCUUGGAGCCCUACCCGAGGCCUUAUUUUCAGUUUGUUCAAGACUCGAGCCCAUUGGGUAAUGAUGAGCAAAGCACAGCUCCAACUCCUGUAGCUCCAUCACUUGCUGAUGUCCUGUGGGUAGCAAAUGAUGAAGGAGAAGUGUUUACUAGACUUAGGACUGAAUUACAGAGGAAAGACAGAAGUACCAACUUCCGUCAUUACCAACUUCCACCUGUAGAUUCAAGAAAAAACGUUCCAGAAAACAGUGCACAGAAAGACAAUUUUGUUAGUCAAGCAGCACUCCAGAAAAUUUCUGCUCUUGAAAAUGAGCUGACCCUCCUCCGUGCCCAGAUUGCUGCUGUGGUUUCAGUGCAGGCACUGGGAAGCAUUCCAUCACAAGCCUUUAAAGCAUUCAGCACUCCAAAUGGAUUUUACUCAGUGCCAGCCAUGACUUCUACACCGUUGUCUGUCUCUCACAACCACUUUGUAAUUCCCUCGCCUCCUCCACUUCCUUCUGGCGUACCAUCUGGCGUGGAUGCUGGGAAUGCGGUAUCUGAGCUCAUACAACAGCGCCGUGCUGCGAGAAACCCUGGUUCAGCUGCAGCUGAUGGUGCUGACCACCAGGGGACAAAGAACGUUCCCAGGAUGAUGGAUGUUCUGAAGGACCUAAACAAAGUUCAGCUGCGAGCUGUUGAAAGGUCACCUGGAGGCACUCCUCUUUCUAAACCCAAAAAGAGAAGAAGUUCAGAGUGGGAUCCUGUUGCUCUGCUAACUCAUGCACUAAAGCAGAAAUUUGCACAUAAAAGUGAUGAUGAGGAUGAUUCUCUGGACAAAGAAAAUCAAUCUUUUGAUAGCUCCCCAUUUUCUAGUCCAGAGAUCCCGCUGGUUGGACGUUGCAGUCUGAAGCCAAAUGCAAAAUCCAGCCAUGUAAGAACUGAGGAAGUUAAACAGCUACCAGCAUGGAAAGUGAGAGCUCAUAUUUGACUGAUGGAGACUUCUAAGGAAACUUCUUACCACAUGUAGAAGGUGGUAGGUCCACUUGGAAACUGCUGCAAGGAGCUAUAAUGUGCUCUAGAAAAUGUCUCUCCUAUGCUACUGAAGUGUGGGUGUUGUAGGGUUUGUGAAAUUGACUCUUCCUUCUUAGUUUCCCAGCAGCCAAACUUGUGGAUUUGAUGUUUGUUUGAGAUGCACAGAGCCAAAAGAAAGCACAGUAUGAUUGAAACCUGGGAAAUGCAGGAAAGAAGUGUGAGUGAAAGCUGCCACACCAACAGAUACUCUUCUGAGGUGUGGGAUCUGUUUGUACUUCAUUAUAAAUAAAGACGAGGAGCAACCUUUUUUUAGUACAUAUUAUAUGUGACAACUCCCUGUGUAUAAUGGCAGCUAAUACUCUUGUGUUAGAAUGGUAUGGUUGCAUCAGUUUGCUGAUGCAAAUCCAUAUUCCACUUGCAAACAGUAUUCUAAUUUAUUUUGGGUCAGUAGAUGAAUUUUUACAUUAGUGAAACUUUGUGUUGUAAUUAAACUGUAGGCUGUCAAAUGCCUAUGAUAUGGGGAAGUUGUAAUCUGGCAUUUAAAAAGGCCUAUAGAGAGAUCUGUGAGCACAUUUAUUUAUGUAGGGAAUUUACACUUUCACUUCCUCCUUGGCUUCUCCAUACAUAGUCUGUUUUGCUCGCAAGGGCUUAUAACAUUUUCUUUGUGUCAUAGAUGUGUGUGGGAUUGAGAUUUUGAGUUGUAGACUUGUUUUGUAUCUCAGUAACUGGCCAUAUUACACAGUUCUAGAAAUAAAUUGCAUUUUCUAACACUAA